AUGGGUCUGAAGCCACGCUACAUCGAUUGUCCAGAAGACGCCGAAUUCCGAGAAGCUCUAGACAAAAUGACAGCGGAAGCGCUUCUGCUAACUGGUCCCAGUGGAACUGGGGCGAGCGUCGUUAGUAGUGCUGCUGAGGCUGUGUCUGGUCCGAUUAGACCACCAGUUGGAUCCAUCCUUCCACCGCCCGACACGCUACAACUAAUCGCGGCUAGGACGCGAACCUCCUCAAAUAAUGCAACUCUUAGUUCCCCUGAUGGUCAAACGCCGCUGCGAUCUAUCCUUUCUGCAUUGCAGACGAAAUCAGAUGAAGAGAACUAUUCGCCCGCGAGAGAUGGUGCUGUUGCUAGCUCCAUGGAGUCAGAGAAUACCGUUAUGUUCAAUCUCAUUACUCGUCGAGGCAACCGACCACAUCUGGUCCCGCUCGCGGUACCUGAAACUGUGCAGUUCGCCGCCCGUUACGUGCAGGCUGAGGCCGCCGAGCGUGAAGAGAAGGCUCGUAUGAAACAACUCGUGUUGGAAAUGCAUGAGGCCCAGAAGGAGGAGGAGAUGGAAUGGGGCCAUUUGGGAAGUCAGGAUGCUGUCUUGGCACACCAAUUUCCGAUUAACGUCAACCGAGAUCGCUGGGUGAAGUACAACCACCCGAAAGGUGCUCCGGAUGCGGAUGCUGUCUUCGGAACGUCGAGUCAACGUCGUUGA